UCGUUGCUUUGCGACCCAAAUCCUAACUCUCCAGCGAAUUCAGAAGCGGCUCGGAUGUUUAGUGAAAACAAACGUGAAUACAACAGAAGAGUAAGAGAGAUUGUUGAGCAGAGUUGGACUGCUGAUUAAGUAUCUUGGUGUUGCUGUUAAAAGGUUUUCAAAGGAUAUGAUUGAAUAACCAUUUAAGUACUUUAAAAACAUUUGUGUCUUGUAACCCUUGACAAUGUGUUUGUUCAAACUUAUAUGAAUGGACUUAUGAUCUCUA